GAUAAAAUGGCACAUAGUACACGCGAAGAUUGGCAGGCGGGAAAGAGUGUCACUGAAUGCAACAAGUACAUGUUUUUAAACCAACUGUAUUGUGACGUCACAUUCAGAGUAGGCAUCGAAGAGAUCAAGGCUCACAAAUAUGUUCUAGCCAGUAGAAGUAAUGUGUUUGAAGCCAUGCUAUUUGGACCUCUGUCGGAAACCAGUGACGUCAUACCUAUACCAGAUAUUGAGCCUGGAAUAUUUAAUGCAAUGCUGAGAUUUCUAUAUUUUGAAGAAGCGGAAAUCAACGAAGACUCAGUAACCGGUAUUCUCUCUGUUGCGGACAUGUAUGGCAUCACUGAACUAGUAAACAAAUGUCAGACUUUCCUUGAAACCCAGAUAACAGAGGACAGCAUUAAUUACAUUUUAGAGCUUGCUUCGUUAUAUAACAUGCAUGAACUAUUUCAGAAAUGCCAGAAUGUAAUAUACGAGUCAAUGUUUGUUUCGAGAAAGGCUUUUGAAUCUCAAAGUUUUCUACGCCUCAACAAACACUGUUUGUGUGAAUUGGUUAAAUCUGAUAGACUGCCUUUGGAUGAAAAAACGAUAUUUGACUCAUUGCUACGUUGGGCAAACGCAAGAUGUAGUACCGAAAAAGAGAAAGUUGAUCCUUUGGAAUUGCGUCAGAUAUUAGGAGAUCUUUUGUUUCACAUACGAUUUCCUGUAAUGUCAUUUGCGUCAUUUAACAAAGACAUAGUUCCAAUGAAGGUAUUGUCUGACGACGAAAUAAAUGAGAUCUCUGGUCUUAUUAAUGGACGUAGCAUAAAAACUUCCCGUUUUAAAAAGAAAGAAAGAAACAUUGUUAUGAAAAUAUGCCGAAUUCUCGAUAAAAGUGCACCAUUGGGUGAAUGGAUUAUAAAUGGAGGAGAGGAUGCUAUUGAUUUUGAAGCAAACAAGGCAUUCCAGCUACACGGAAUUUUACUGUUCGGUAGUUCAGGUUCUUAUACAUACGUUGUAGAAGUUCGAAUCUCAUCUAUAUCAGACGGUAACCGCUCUUUGUUACACAUUCCUCAAAUUACAGUUACAGGGAAGGAUCAAAUAUUUGAAGUAAAAUUUGACAAACCAUGCCAAAUUAAUCCAAAGGGGAGAUAUCAAAUUUCUGUUAGAAUGAAAGGCCCGACAAGUUUUUGUGGCGAUUUUUGUGAAUCUUGCACUGAUGGUGAUUUUAUAAUUCGAUUCUUCAAUAGUUCAUACACAGGAAAUGGGACAUGUCCAUCCUUCGGACAAAUACCUGGACUCUUGUGUUUUAUUCCUAAAUGACAAAUUAAAAAAAAUGUUCGUGCAGUUUGAAUGCAAUCAUUUUUUUCUGGUACACCUGUUAAUCAUUUUCAAAUACAAGUUUGAAGUUUUUAUAUUCCGCAUUGAGAGGUUACGAUUGUUAAUUAAAAUGCCCUUAAAACAUAAUGGUAGACAAGGGCACCGAGAAUCACAGUACAGUUAAUGUGGUCAAUAAAAAUAUCGGAGAAUUUUUGUUAUAAAAACACGCAUACUUUAGUUCAAGGGGCAUGUCCUUUUUUAAAAUUAACAAGCAUUCUGACAGUCUUACAUAAGCGAUACACGUCCCCUACCGGUUUGUAUUAUUAUAUGAAAGCUUCGAAGCAUACAUCUAUUUCAAAACUAUCAUAAACGAGAUGUUAUGCAGAAUAUAAUUUCUUACCGUCUUCUGUACCCCGAAUUAACAUACCAUCUCGAUAACUAACCCAAAACCCCAGUCGAUUAAAUUAACAACACAAUCCUUGAAACUUUUUAACAGAACUUAUUUGUUUGUUAGACACAAUAAAAGGAAUGGUAAAAGUAAUGCACAAUAUCAUUACUGACUACAUGCUUUCCUCGUUUAUUCAAAACACACCGAACCCGAUAACGAACCCGAACAUCUCGAAAAUAUGUCAACCAGACGUUACAAAAGUGUAAACUUGAUCAGUAGUUUGACAUUUUGAAGCUGUUCAGCAAAUUUUAUAUUAUUCCUCAAAC